AUGGCACUUGACAUCUCUGGGAAUAACUAUUUGUCAUGGGUACUUGAUGCUGAAAUUCACCUUGAUGCUAAAGGUCUUGGUGACACUAUUAAAGAAGGAAAUGAAGCAUCAAGUCAGGAUAAUGCGAAAGCCAUGAUUUUCCUUCGCCUUCAUCUCGAUGAAGGGUUAAAAAGUGAAUAUUUAACCUUGAAAGAUCCAUUUCAAUUAUGGACUAGUUUGAAGGAACGAUAUGACUACCUAAAGACCACGGUAUUGCCAAGAGCUCAUCGUGAGUGGAUGCACUUACGGCUACAAGAUUAUAAGACCAUAAGUGAAAAUAAUUCUGUUGUAUAUAGAAUAAUUUCCCAGCUAAAAUUAUGUGGGGAACCUAUGAAUGAUGAGGACAUGUUGGAAAAGACUCUUUCCACUUUUCAUGCCUCAAAUAUGGUGUUACAACAACAAUAUCGUGAAAAGGGGCUUUAA